UGCUUGGCCAGAUUGUGGAAUUUUCUUCAGGGGAUGGUGGGAAAGGGUUUGGAAGGAUUAACAGAAAGCAUUACAUAAAGGCCCAGAACAAAGGAUUAUUAAUCUAACUACUGAUGAGGAAUGUCCAACCAAACAGGAGAGAUCAGUUCAGCCAAAGAGGCUGAAAUUAAUUAUCAUGUGUCUGAUUAUAGACAACAGGGCAGAUUUUUGCACGGUGUCAUUUGGUGGCCAAUCGGCUGCCUCUCUUCUCAAAUCACUGCUGCUGGGCUGUAAAUAUAAGAACUGGGGAAUUACAGUACGAGAUGUACAGUAGAAUUCUCUACUCAUAUGAUUCAACAUGGAUUCCUCCACUUGUAUUAUACUUUUUUCAUGUCUUGUCAGCCAAGUACUUAGUGCCCCUCUUCAGGACAUCUUGUCAGACAAUAAUAAUAAUGAACAGAAGGAUCUCUUUGGCCAGGGCGAUAUCUUCAGCAGGAUCACAAAAGCCAACCAAGGAAGCAGAAUGCGGCGGAUUUAUGGGGACAUCGCUGUUGGGGUCUCACGCAGCGCCAUCAGCUGCACAGAUUGCUUAUGGCAGAAAACAAACGGGACAGUGUAUGUGCCGUACACACUGGAUGAACAGUACAGUAAAGAUGAAGUCAACACAAUCACGUCAGCUAUGCAAGUGUACUCCACCUUGACCUGCGUGCAGUUCAUCCCUUACACGACUGAAGAUGAUUAUGUCUCUAUAACAUCUGCCGACGGCUGUUGGUCCUUCAUGGGCCGGCAAGGAGGUGGCCAAAUGGUGUCUGUACAGAAAGGUUACUGUACCUCCGAAGGAACGACCAUGCACGAACUCAACCAUGCCCUGGGCUUUGUCCAUGAACACUCCAGGAGCGACCGGGAUGACCAUGUUAACAUCAAGUAUCAGUACAUCUCACCAGGUGACAUUGUCAACUUUAACAAAAUGGAUACCAACAACCUUGGCACACCAUACGACUACCAAUCUGUCAUGCACUACCCACCGUGGGCUUUCAGUAACACAAGUGGAGAAAACACUAUCGUGGCCAAGCCUAAUCCCAAUGUAACAAUGGGACAGGGAAACUCAAUGACCAGCUUGGAUAUUAUUAAGAUAAAUCGACUUUAUAAAUGUGAUGUCUGUAGUUCUUUCCUCAAUGAUGCCAGUGGAACGAUCAACUCAACCAAUUAUCCAUCCACUUACCCCAAUAAUGUCAAUUGUGUGUGGGUCAUCCAGACGCCGUACGAUUUGGUAACCCUGAAGUUUGAUGCCUUUGAUCUCCAAUCUUCCCCAAACUGUACCUCUGACUACGUAAGAGUUUAUGAUGGGCGCAGCAGAAAUUCCCUACUACUGCUAGACAGAACUUGUGGGUCUGAACCUGUUCCUGCUCUGAUCGCCUCAUCGAGCCUGAUGCUAGUGGAGUUUGUCAGUGGCAAUAACAUAGAAGCAACUGGUUUCAAGGCCUCGUACAGUACAGUGAAAUGUGGCGGAACUUAUUUCACCCCAUCAAGGCGCAUCACUUCCCCUGGAUACCCCAACGCCUACCCUCCUAAUAGCAACUGUUCUUACAUCAUCACUGCUCCGCCUUCCCAUAAGGUCUCACUGAGCAUGACCAGCUUCUAUACAGAAUUUAGCUCCACAUGCAAAUAUGAUUACCUGUCUGUAUAUGAUGGGAAUUCCAGUAAGAAUCCCCUCCUGAACACAUUCUGCGGACCCCUCUUCUCUCUGUCGGCCACCUCCACUGGUCCCAACAUGUUCCUCAGGUUCAUCAGUGAUAAAUCGGUACAAGUGACCGGCUUUCUGCUGUCAUACAGUUUUGUUCCUGUAUCCUGAAAUUCAAGUCACAAAGCAGAUCCGAUUCCCCCUGGUGAUUCAUUUGUCAUUCAUAUUGAAUCCCAAACCUUGCAUUUAUUUCCCUAGCUGAUCAAGACACAUAGAAUUAUGAAUCGUGGUCAGAACAUCAUAUUUCUCUUUAGUAAAGGGAUACCAUCGUCUGAAAUAUGUAUUUCCUAAUAUUUCUGUUUUGUUUUUAUGGAUAUCUAAUGCGGUGGGGUUUUCCGUUACACUAUAAAUUCAGCUUGAUAACAUAAAAAUAUCCAGCAGUGAUGCAAAAAAGUAGAUCUCUCACAAAAUAGCAGUCCUGCCCUGCUUUAUGGCUGAGAUUCUAGCUAUCUUUAUAACAGAGCAUUCAGACCAGUGAACCAAAACAGAAUGCUCUGUUAUACAGAUAUCUAGAAUCUCAGUUGCCAUAAAGCAGGGCAGGACUGCUGCUUCCAAUGGGGAUCAGAUAGGAUCUGUGCAGCCACUGGGACAGAAUGUUCUGUUAUACAGAUAGCUAGAAUCUCAGCUGCCAUAAAGCAGGACAGGAGUGCUGCUUCCAAUGGGGAUCAGAUAGGAAGGAAUGCAUAUAAUUAUGCUAACAACGCAACUGUAAUUAUACCUUUUUUUAUUUAAGUAUAUCAGUAUUUUCCCCCCAAAUACACACAAAUAGUACAAAACUUUACACAUUGUUUGAAGGUAAUACACAGCCAUAAAUGUUAAAUAAUUAUUAAUAAAUGUUAAAGGUGUGAAUACAUUUUUAUUUUACAA